GUCAGUUUAUAAGUCCCUCCCCCUACUCUCCUUCAAUCAUUUCACCUCAGCUUCUGAUCAUUCUUAGAGGUUCACAGAAAAACCAUGGGGGUAGAAGAGCAAGUCACCACAAUGGUGCUGAAGGUGGAUCUUCAGUGCUGCAAAUGCUACAAGAAGGUCAAAAAAAUACUCUGUAAAAUCCCUUAUAUACAAGAACAGAAAUACGAUGAGAAGAAUGACACAGUAACAAUCAAAGUGGCAUGUUGCAGUCCUGAGAAGAUCAAGGAAAAGAUUAUCUGCAAAGGUGGUGAUACCAUUAAAAGCAUCGAGAUCAAAGGUCCUGAAAAACCAAACCCUGAACCACCUAAAAAUCCAAAAAAACAAAAGAAGACUAAAGAAUCAGGAAAGUCCAAAGAAGAAGAACAGCAGAAAGAACUAGAAAAGUGUAAAGCCACUGAGAAACCACCAUGUCAAAAGCCACAUCCUCCUCCUCCUCCGCCGGUGUUAGUUGCGAUCGGAGUACGCUGUCAGCAAUGUUACAUUGGGUAUCCUGGUGGGCCAUGCUGUCACGGCCCUGGUUGGCCACCACCAUGUUACGAAUGCCAUGGAUAUUGUGGAAAGCCAGAUGAUAGCUGUGGCUGUGGAAGGAAUUGCUAUACGAGUCACUGUGAUACCCAAGGAUGCACCUUCAUGUAGAUAUUUAAAUUUUGUUACCUUCACAAGAUAUUUUCUUCUUGAUUACCACUUAUAUACGCAAGUGUUGGAAUUUCUAUUAUUAUUAUUAUUAUUAUUAUAAGGAAGAUGGGAAAAUAACUAGAAAAGAUUAUAAUAAUAAUGAAAUAUGGUUGUUUGUUGAUAGAGGCGGGGCACAUGAAGUGCUACACCUAUUGUAAAAAUGAAUAAAUAAAUA